GCAUUGUUCACGAUAGGGCUCGCAGCGAAACUGCAACCUGGAAAGAAAAAUGCCUUCCACACGUUCAAAGAGCACCGCAGCCCAGCUUCCCGCCACCAGGAUGAGUUUGAGAAGUUUCCGCAGCGUCCCCCUGGUUACCAUGGAAACAUCAUCCUCUUCCUCCGACGACAGCUGCGACAGCUUUGGGUCUGACGGAGGCUUUGCAAACACGAGGAGCAGCUCUCGACUGUCGAGGCAGAUGGCGGCCAAGCAGAAGGCUCUGUUGAGCACCGUGGAAGAAGAUGCACGUGCUGGCUUUGAAGAAGAGCUCAUGAACAGUCAGAUGAAAGCCAUGAAGGUCGAUCCUGACUCUCAGCCUGCGAGGCGUGGACGCAGGUCCCACCACCUGAAGGUGGCCAUGAGCUUCCCGACCAGGAAGGCGGGCGCUAAUAAGAGGCCGGCAUCCGAACCCCUCCUUCAGCCUCCAGCGGUGAAAUCUGAGGAAGAAGAUGAGGACAACUUCAUGGCCAAGAGGGCCCUGAAUAUUAAAGAGAACAAAGAAAUGCUUGCGAAGCUGAUGGCAGAGCUAAACAAAGUACCCGGACUCUUCCCAAAACCAUCGGCCAUGUCUGCACCUACCACGCCCCGACGUGCACCCCGGCGUUCCGCGCCUGAAACUUGGAGGAGGAACCCCGAGCGUCAGUCCCGUCCCCACACUCGCUCCCGCACGCUGGCGGACGGGCCGCCCAGCCCGACGCCAGAGGAGGGCGAGCCUGAUGAUAAGUUCAGCCUGGUGCGCCGGAGCCGCUACUUUGAGGAAGUGGAAGAGCCGCCUCGCCGCCGCUCCUUCCACGGCAGCAAGGCUUUACCUCAUGUGGUGCGGCCCGUGGACGAGGUGACGGAGGAAGAACUGCAGUGUAUUUGCGACAACGUGCGGGAGAAGGUGUACCACACUGUCCAUGGUAGCACGUGCCACCAGUGCCGCCAGAAAACAAUCGACACCAAAACAAACUGCCGCAAUCCAGAGUGUGUUGGCGUGAGGGGUCAAUUCUGCGGCCCGUGCCUUCGAAACCGCUACGGCGAAGAAGUACGAGAUGCUCUGCUUAAUCCGGAGUGGCGCUGCCCGCCGUGCCGGGGCAUCUGCAACUGCAGCUUCUGCCGCGCCAGAGAAGGCCGCUGCGCCACAGGAGUGUUGGUCUACCUGGCCAAAUAUCACGGCUUUGACAACGUGCACGCAUACCUGAGAAGCUUGAGGCAGGAGCUGGAAGAGAUGAGCGAGUGAUCAGGAGCGACUGGCGACCAGUCCGGGGUGUACCCCGCUUCUCGCCCAAAGUCAGAUGGGAUAGGCUCCAGCAUACCCCCUGCGGCCCUAAUGAGGAUAACGGCGGGUGGAUGGAAACUGCACAAAACAAUGCUCAUGUUAUGUAAAUGAGACUUUUGGUUUGAGCGUUGUACUGUAACUGCUUGCUGCCGAGUCACGAGUUCUAUCAUUGCUUCAAGAUGACAUCAUCAUCACACACACCCGCCUUUCAGGUUUGGCAAAUCAAACUGCAAAAUCGGUAGACAUCAAUCUUAAUGAUUAACUAUCAAUUAAUCACACUCAUCCCUGAAUUUCUGCUCUCGUGUACAGUAGAUCCCCACUUUUGCCAACACAUUUAUAUGGUUUUAAACUUAUUUCAAAUGCUUUUUUUUUAGUUGAAUGGGUAGCCUUCAGAUGGAAAUGACUCAAUAAAAUGUUGAUGGACUGUAUCUUACGCAAAAGAUAUUGAUGAACAAUAGUU